UUGAAGAAUCGUCAACAACUUAAGACAGCGUUUAUUCAUUGGGAUUGAGUAUGUGAGCACAUCAAGGCAGGAGUCAUGGCAACGGGAGGAGAAACCUCUUCUCUGGCCGAGGAUGAGAGGACCUCCAUGAUGGACAUUGAUGAUGUGCACAUGGUCCUGCAAGUGGAACAGGAGCAGAUUCAAAAGAGAACUUUCACCAACUGGAUCAAUGCUCAGCUUUCCAAGAGGAGUCGUCUGACCUCCGUCCAGGAUCUGUUCUCGGAUCUUCGAGAUGGGACUCGACUGCUGGACCUGCUGGAGGUGAUGACCGGCCAGCCCAUGAAACGGGAAAAGGGUCACGGUUUGUUUCAGCAGAGAGGAAACAUCGAGACGGCUUUAAACUUCUUAAGAAGUAAAUCAAUUAAACUGGUGAACAUAAAUAUCCCAGAUAUAUUAGAGGGGAAACCUUCUAUUGUUCUGGGCCUGAUAUGGACUAUCAUCCUACACUGUCAUAUUGAGGAGUUGGCCAGCACUCUCUCUUUUGGCUCUCGCUCGUCCUCUCUGGACUCUCUGUCCAGCCUGGAUUCUGCAUCUGGAUCUCCAGUCAGUAGUCCAAUUCCUCGAAGAACAUCACCGCUCCACACCCGCUUCCGUCUUACUGCUAAGAAGUCUCUGCUGCUGUGGGUUCGGGACCAGUGCCAGAAAGUUGGUUGCACAGCUAGUGUAAAGGACUUUAAGUCCAGCUGGAGGAGUGGUGAGCUGUUCUUGGCCAUUCUGUGUUCUCUUCGCCCAGAUCUGGUGGAUCUCUCCCAAGUCCAAACCAGCAGCCAUCUGGAAAAAUUGGAGAAGGCAUUUCACCUUGCUGAGAAAGAGCUGGGAAUUCCCAGACUGCUCGAGCCAGAGGAUAUCGAUGUCAGUAACCCCGAUGAUAAGUCCAUAAUGACAUACGUUGCUCAGUUCCUGCAGUACUCCAAUGAUCUGCCUUCAGCUGAUGAUGAGUUUGAGGCUUCACCCAAUCAGAAAGCCAGAGAGAUGACACACUGGUUGCAGCGAGCCUAUCAGGAGUUACUGGAGGCGUGGACCUCCGCAGAAGUGAAAGGAUAUGCAGAGAAGUAUCAGGCAUUCCAGAACUUUGUAAACAGUUACUAUGAGCAAAGAUCUCCAGUUAUCCCACUGCUCAAUGCAACAAAACGCUCUGCUAAACCUAGCGAGGACCAGCAAGCACUGAGGAAGACCUGGGAUACCAUGGAGGAGAAGAUACACGAGUACAGAGCAGAACUAGAUGUUUGUCUGCCAGCCCCUCUGAACAUACUGGGCCAGUGGCUUCAGCAUAUGGAGGCGGUGCUUUCAGAUGAGAGUGACACUAAAGAUCACGCUCGUGCUGCCAGAGAUGCCAGAAACAAGCAAGAGCGACUCAAAGUCUUGGGUAAGGACAUAAGUGAACACUUGGACACCCUUCAUCACUACCGCAACACCGAUGAGAAUGGUUUUCCUCUGGUGCCUGAUGAGAAACUGGAUGAGAUCAAGAGACGUUUCACCAGUGCCAGAGUGGUAGUCACGUACCACAACAUCAAGCUACAGUACAGAGAGCAAAUGCAUCAUGUUUAUGACCUACUGGGACAUCUAAAGUCAAAACUGACCUUGUGGAGAGGACCUUACGGUUCUCAGGAGUCUGUACACUCUCUUCUACAGGACUGGCACGACACCAUUGACAAGCAAGGACUGGUGUCGAGGAUAAAGGACGAACUCCAUAAGCUGAGAAACACAGCAGUCACAUACACAAACAAAGCAGCCAUGGCUGAAGACUCGCCUGUGGUGAACAGGCAAGUAAAAGAACUUGAGGAUGAAGAGAGGUUGAGCACAGAAGCCACAGAGGCGGUGAGGGGCACCAUGGAACGGGUGGUGGCGGCAUGGGAGUCCUACAAAGACUGCCCCUGUCUGUUACAGGUCUUGUUAGGGCAGGAGGAGGAACUACAAAAGCAGGAGUCUUCCAGCCGGUCUGAAUGGAGUUCACGUCAAGCCCAGCUGAACGAGGUGGGAAACUUUCUCAUGGAGAUGUGUGACGCCUCCACCAGCAGCUCUGUGUCGGAUGAGCUCAGCAGACUCAACAUGCUGUGGGCUGACUUUAUUAAAAGGACUAAAUUUGCAGUCCCUCAGCCCAUCUGUGCUGCCCCAGGUGUAAAAGCUGCUCAGGGCCUGAUGCAGGAAAUAGGCUGGGUGCUUAGAGAGGCAGUGGAGGUGUCGUCUGGACCUUUACGUAAAUACAGGAAUAAUCUUCAGCGCAUUGUCAAGAAGACAGCAGGGAUAGAUUUGCACUCUUUCUCUCCGUCUUCAGACUGCAGUGAAGAAACUCUUCAAAAACUAAGAGAAACUCUUCCACAGAUGUUAGAGACUCUUAACCGUGUGGACCAAUGGUGUGAAUCCCUGCAGAGAGCAUCGUCUCUUCUAGAAGGCAGACUGGCCGGGCUUGAAAACUGGAGCACAGAGGCCCAAGAGAUCUGCCUUCAUCUUAAAGAAUGCCAUCGUAGGGGACAACGGGGGCCAUAUCCCAUGGCUAAAGCGCUGAUCCACAGAGGUUUACAGCUAGAGGGACAAGUGGUGAUAAAAGUUGAAGAUCUGCAGGUUCUGUUGGCAUCAGUGAAAAAGAGCUGUCCCCUGCCUUACUUCAAUGCAUCAGGCCUACAUGACAGGGCGAAGCGGACUGUCUUACUGUGUCAGGAGGCUAUUGAGAUUCUCAGUUGUCAAGGAGUGAAGCGUGAAGGACAGUCUGAUGGCGACCAGCCACCUCCCAAAGUUAUCGUGCGUGCAUAUUGUCAACCUGAGCCCCAGUCUGGAACCUUUCAAAAAUAUCAGGCUCAAAUGUUCUCCGAAACCAGCAGAUCUUCUUUAAAGAACCCGGUAGAGCCUCAAAACCCCCAAAGUCAUUCCUCUCUGUUGGACACCCAGGUGCAGGCCACCGACAGCAUGCAACCUAAAGUUCACACUUUUACCAGUCCUCUGUUUCUAGAGAAGCACCCCAAAGACCCAACAAAAGCCAUAUGCCAGGUACAACAGACAGAAGUGAAACUACCAUUGCUGUCAUCUGUUGUUGGCAGGACAACUCGCAUAAAACCCCAGAUGGAUGUUCAGGUUAUUUCUGUAGACUCGGGUCAAACCAGUAUCACUGCAUCAUCAGAAUCUCUCCAGACUCCUUCCUCAUCGUCAUCAAACCCAAGCACCAUGCUACUCGAGCAAAACUUUGGUACUCCUCCAAAAUCCCAAUCUCAGAUCACCCCAAAGCCAAGGCAAAGAGUUCUGUCCAAAAGUCACAGUCUUCCACUGCCCCAGGAGCCAUUACAAACACAGUCUUCGUCACCUACAUCAAGCCAAAUAACUGGACUCAAGAAAGUGACUCCACCUAAAACACCAAAUGAACAACACGCUGGGACAACCCCCAAAAAAUUGCAAGCUCAACACUUUUUACCAACCCCACACCAAAGGGAAAAGGUUCUUGCCAAAGGUCCUAGCUUUCCACAGACUCAUGAACCAUCACAAACACAGGGAGAGGAAAAAGGGCAAACAAAAAAACUGGGUAUCCCACCCAGCCAGCCAGUUGUUCCUCAUGUUCCACUACAGAAUGAAGUGUAUUGCAGAGCACAGGCUUUAGCCAAGAGCAGACUGGAAAGAGCCAAACACCGCGUACAAGAACACAUACAGGAAAUCAUUGCUGUGUUCAGUAACACAGACUUGUCUAAAAAACAAGUCAGAAGGAAGCAGGCGGCAUCACGGCUAUUCAGGCCCGCUGUGUUGGACGAGUUUCUAGAGGCUGUGACAGGAUUGAAUGCUUUCUGCUCUGAUGACCAACUCAGAGAAAUGGACCUCCUUUCCGAGUCGGUUAAGGCCCAGUGGGAGGCGGUCCGUGCAGCCAUAGCUGCCUUUUCACCUGAUUCGGGGUGUAACCUGCCUGUUUUGAAAUGUCAGAUUAAAACUAACAGCUCCCCGUCUCAUGCAGAGUGUGUGCUCAACCAACAGGUCUGUUCCACAGCUGUUGAGUCUUCAGAGCAUCUAGAAGCAUUGAGAAGCAUGAAUGAGAGUCUGCAGCUCUCAGAGACAUUUCAUGUCACCACCAGUCACCGGAGGACACGCAGUGAGAGGAUGGAGACCGUACAGCACCACUCAGACUCCACACCAUGCCAGGAGAAAGCUGUCCGGGAUCACACCCCGCUGGGAAAGUUUGCACUGCUUGAGAACCAAUCACAAAGCCUUAUCCCAUCACAGACCGUGGUCCAGACGACCACAGUGGAAAUAAAACAGAUACCUGAGAGGACCAUCGUCCACCCCUCCUCAGCACAGGAAGUGAAGGUUUCUCCACAGGAAGCACAGAUCAGCUACAGUGAUGCACGGUCAGUGUUCCAGCAACAGCUGCUGAGGAACGAUCAGCAGUUAGGAUCAGAGUUUCCCAUCAACCCCAGCAGUUAUCUGCAGCAGUUACUGGCUCUAAAGGCGCAGACGGAUGUACUGUGGUUUGAGUUUGAGCUUCAGUAUUCACAGCUGAAGGAGGACGGCCGCAGCAUGGAGCAGGAGAGAUCUCAACUCAUUCAACAGUGGAGGGGGCAGCAGAUCUGCAUUCAGGGCCGGAUAAAGUCUCUCGAAAGUGCAGUAAAGCUGCUGGAAUCAGUGGACGUUCAGAUCCGACUGAUCUCUGAUCAGCUAAAUCAAAUCAGUCAGAAACCUGUUAAUAUUAGAAGCCUCACUGUUGAUCAAAGCAAAACUCUAUAUGAAGACCUAAAGCGUCUAGAGGAAAAUAUUGACAAAGAGCUCAAUCGCCUUCAUAAUGCUAAAGGUUCAGAUGAUCCGAGUCACAUCGAGCUCCAGUCCCAUCUGCAGCAAACUCUCCACAGCCGCUCUUUAUGCUUGGAGCAACACAAACAGCAUCUUAAAAAGAUCAAGUUGAUCCUGGUGGCUCUCGAGAACUUCCUAUCCCAUAUCCAACAGGUGAAUGUUGACCUCACUGCGGCUUCCAUCCAGCAAAGCCUUCAUCAGGCCAGUGAGGAAUCGGUUCAGCUAGACCGAAUUCUGGAUGAUGCUGGCUUGAGAAUAGCUACAGAUGAUGAACCGAGCAGCUGUCAUGAGAUAGUGUCAGCUAUGGUUCUGCUCGCGGAAGAGGUCGAGGCCAGACCGACUGAAGGGUCGAAGCGAGCAGGAAAAGGUGAGAAAGGAAGAGAGGAGGGAGAGCAGAGAGAGAGGUCGUUCGGUAGAAAGAAGUUGGUUCUUCAGGUCACGCUGAGAGAGGUGUUGACAGACUUGGAAAGACACGGGCUGAAGGAGCCCACACUUCCUGCUCUACAACAGAGGUUGCGCUUCCUCACAGACACAGAGAGUAAACUUGUUACACUGCGCUCUGAGAUUCAGGAUCUGAGAGAUGCAUCUGCACAUACAGGCACCUCAGAAACAGGCGUCAGUGAACUGCAGACGCUAUGGGAAGAUGCUCACAGAUCAUCCACUGAGAGUCGUGAACAGUGCAUCACAUUAAUCGAACUCCUGAAGAAGUUCCAGAGCUGUCGUAAUGGUUUGAGCUGCACUUUGCAGAGAGCUGAGCAGACUAUCGGGGAUCAGGCCUCUUACAUGAGCAAAGACAAUCUACAGCUGCUGAUCAAUAAGGUCACCAGUAUUAAAUCAGAGCUGAAUGGUCUCGGAAACGGGGUCGAGGAGUUUAGAGCUGUGUGCAGACAGCUGCAGUCUCAGUUGAAAAUGAUCCCAGACUGCGCAGACGCCCCAUUUGAGCGCGAGGCUGACACCUUAAUGGACCGCUGGCUUGAUGUCACCGAGAAGACAGACUGCCACUUGGAAAAUCUUAAGGCUGGGUUUUCACUUUGGGAAAAACUCCUCCUAUUGGCUGGAGAGGUGGAGGUCUGGACCGCCCAAAGGAUGAAGUCACUUGCUCAGACACACCCCUUCCAGACGGAGCAAGAUGUGUCUGCCAUGCAGGAUGAGCUGAGGACUCAGGAAGAAAACAUUGAACGUUUUCAUCGUAGAUCUUUAGAGAUUCAGGAUCUGCUGCAGAAUCCAGACUUUCCACUAGAGCUUCAGGUGAUUGAGAGCCAGUUGAGGAAAAAGAUGGAAGAGGUGAAGGAGAUCUUUGCAGAGACCAGAGAUGUCUUCACACAGCUUGUAGCUGCUAAAGCUAAGGUUGCAUCUUCAAUCGCAGAACACCUGUCCUCAAUCCAGACCAUCACAAAUGUCCUAAACACAUUGACUGAAUGUGAUACCCCACAGGUUCUCAAAACAAUCCAGGGUUUGUCAGAGCAGCUACAGAUGGAAGCGGAAGAAUCAAAUGCUUCCCUAGAGGAGAUCUGUGUUCUAGCCAGUGUCGCAGGUCCAGAAAACCUUCAGGCACUGGUUGAAGAUGGAGCUCGACUUCACGAAAGCAUACAAAGAACCAGAGAUCUGAUAAUUGAGAAGAAAGAGUGGGUAAUUAAUCCCACUAGGCCUAAAGAACUUCCGACGGUCCAAGAACACAUCAAGCCUAAAACAACGCAAGAUCAUCCAACAAAAGAUACUCAAUGUCCUCAAACAGAGGAACAGUCACAGAGAGACCACAUGCAGGACGUUCUGAAGCAGGAGGUUGGCACCUGGGCCGGUGAUCUACAGGUUUAUGUUGAUAAGAACGGCCAGGCACUUGGGAGCUCCGUAGCAGUUAAGGUGGCAAUGGGUGAAAUAGAUUCACAUGCAUUAUCAACAGACAAACUGCAACUAACACAGUGCACAGGCCCAAAAAAACCUGAAGGCCAGGACAAUGAAGACUGCUUUUCAGAAAAGGAUAAUGGGAUAUCAGGAAUUUCCAAAUCAGAGACGGGCAGUACUGAAGCUCAGAAAGUCAUAAAUGUAAUCACAUGUGUGGAAACAAUACAGACGAAAGUUGAACUUACCCAAAUGCAAACCUCUGGUGUCGUGGAGAUUGAUAUUAGAAAACAUGAUAAAGAAAAACAAAUUACCAAGAGUAAGAAGAAGACUAGAGGACUACAAUUAUCUGGCAGAGAACACAAAAGCCCUGUUAGUGAGUUAACGGACUCCGCAUGCAUUCAGACCUUAAAGACUGUUAGUAUCUCUCAUACUGGAGCUACCAAAAAUAAUACCACUAAUGAAUGUUUCCAAGAUGUAUUAUCUUCAUCGGAAUUGACACAAAAAGUAGUUACAGAUAAUGCGAACUUUCCCCUUGACCAUAACCCAGAUCAACAGCAGUCCAUAUUAAGAUCUAAAGAGAGGGCUGAAACCAGACGUGUAAUGACAGAAGAUGACCGAGAAUCCACUGAUGGUACAGAAGUGAAGUCAAGGGCAACUCAUGCUUCCUCCGGCGGUGAUUCACUCAGACCCGUUUUUACACCAGAACCAGACUCAAAUCUUAACAAACUCAACCAGAAUCUUAGUUUCCCAUAUCUUGAAACAAAACUGAGUACUGUUUCAGAUCAUGUUGAAUCUACUCGGGGACAUUCUGGUCCUAAACUUGAUGUGAGUCUUAAACCUGAGAAGGACCCAUCGUCUUUUUUCCGAGAAUAUGGAGAGAUUUCCAGAACUGCUAAGAAAGUAUUCACUAUAGUUUUGGAUGUUGAUCAGACUACAUCAGAUCAGAAUCAGUCACUGUACCUGACACAAUUUGAUGAUCCUGAAGACUCUUCUCACACAGAUGAAUCAUCUCAUUCAGAUAUCAAGAGUCAACACAAGAGUUCUUCUGACAAUGGUAAAACUGAAGACCAAAACCUAGAAAAAUACCUUUCAGACAAUGGUGAUAUUGAAUCAAAAAUCUCAGAAUCUGACAAGCACAAGUUUGAUGCUAAGGAUGAAAUUGAUAUAAAUACAUUUGUGGUGUCAGUUCUGCCUGAUCAGACACAAACUACACUUAUCCAGUUGAAAACAUCUGAUGUCAUGGAGAUGGACAUUAGCAAAGGUGAAAAAGAGGACUUGCAUCAGAUGAUUGUAGAAGGUCAACACUCUAUCAUAAAAACAGACACAUCAUACCAAAUGGAUGUUCACACUGGAAAAGACCCUUUGCAUCAUCAGCCUCAUGUCACAAUAAUUGAGACUCGUAAGAUUGAAGUUGCCGGGGACAAAAACAAACAUGCACAAGAGGAAAAGUUUUCAGAUAAACCCCUACGAAAGCCUCCAAAUAUUGCUAAGAGUAAAAAGAAGAACAGAAAAUCACCUGACACUGAACAGACAGGCAGUGUUGGCAGUAGAGAGCUGAAGAUGAAAGGUUAUAAAUCUAAGAGCCCAACUGACUCAGAAACCCUUCAGACCUCUGAGUUAAAGCCACAGGACACUACAGAAACAUCACUGACAGUGUCUUCAGAAUCUAGUCAGUCAAACAUAGAGACUGUAGAUCAACAUUCAGUGACUUUUAGCAUCUCUCAUGCUCGUGCUGAAAGUACUAAUGUCAGAGAUGUCUGUUCUCCGAAUGAUGUCGUCUUAACAGAAGUGAAAUCUGCACAAUCUAUACUCAAAAAUGCCUCUUCAAAAAGAGCAACUGAUGCAAAACAAAUUCCUACCACAACGAGCUCAGUGUCAAAACUUGACAACCAUGCUGAAGCACAGAGAGCAACCCAUCCACACCAGGAUACAAAUAAACAGCAAUCCAUUUCUGUCUCUGAAGAAAGGGAUAAAACGAGACCAUUAAUAAGAGAUGAUGUAAAAGAGUUCACUGAUGAUACAGAUGUGAAAUCAAGUGUCACUCUUGACUCAUCUUGUGAGGGACCACUCAACCCUGAAACCCCAACAGCGUUUCUUGACAUAGAAGAGGGAGAUUUUGCAUGUGAAUCUGAUUUCAAGACUAAAUCAAAGAAAGACUCAUCGGCUAAAGAAUUUGCAAAGAAAGUAUUUAAUGUCAUUUCAGAUAUUUUUUCACCAACAGCAUCAUCAGACAGUUAUCAGUCACUGCAGCAAACACAAUGUGAUGAACCUGAAGAUUCCUCUUACACACGUGAGUCUUCUCAUUCACAUAUCAAGAGUCAACACAAGAGCUCAACUGACUCUGAGAAACCUAAAAUCUCACACCCUGAAAGACCCCUGGCAGAAAAUGGCAAUGUGACAUCAAGGGUUUCUGUAUCAGAGGCGAGCAAUAGUAAAGCUCAGGAAGACAAACAAUUAGGACAGACAGAACCCUCCACCAAGCAGAAAACCCUUGAGGUCACAGUGACUGAUAUUUGGGAAGGUGAACAACUGGAACCACAUCAGCUGACUGCAGAAAGCAAAGCUAAAAUCAUCAAAACCGACACAUCAAGUCACUUUGAUGGUCUCACUGGAGAUGAUUGUGAUGUGGUGUCUGGAGCUCAUCAGCAUGAUGUCACAAUAAUGGAGCGAUAUGAGGAGGAGGUCACCAGUGACAAAAUCACACAUAUACCAGACACCGAGCUCUCAGGUGAAGCAAACAAAUCGACCCAAAAGCCCACAAAAAUUACUAAAGGUAGAAAGAAGACUAGAAAAUCAUCUGGCAAAGAACACAAAAGCAGUGAUAGAAAGGUAGAGUUAAAGAGUUCUAACUCAACUGACUUACGACGCAUUCAGACCUCUGACAUAAGACUACCAGAUAACACAGAUACAUCACUGGAUGUGUCUUCAGAUUCUAGUCAGUCAAACACUCCAGUGUCUUUGAAUAUAGAUGAUAAACAACCAGAAGAAUUGUUCACCGUUCAGACAGAUUCCAUGAAUCUCCUUCAACCAGAAAUGAAGGAUAAACUGUCAGAGACUGUAACCAUCACUUAUACUGCAGCUGUCAACACUGAUAGAACAGAUGAUGGGCCUUCAGAUGAUGUGGCCUUAACAGCAGUGGAAUCUGUGCAGUCAACACAGUUAACAAAAUCAAUGCCAACAAAAGCCUCAGAUUUUGUGAGAGCUGAAUGUACAACACAAAUUUCUCCAACACUUCCAUCAGAGUCAAAACUCAUCGUUCAGUCUGAAACACAGUGGAACACAUUAUCAGACAGCAGUUUAUCUUUGCAGGUGGAUAAUGGCAAAACAGUUGAUGACAUGGAUCAUAGGAGCUUAAAACUCAUAUCCAUUGAGAAAAACAGAAGAACACAAGAUGAAUCACCUUCACUCAAAUUAACACAAACAGCAGUCACAGAUGUCAAGAACCUCCAAGCAGACCAGGACACAGAUCAACAGCAGUUCAUAUCUAUAUCUGAAGAGAGGGAUGCAACUAUUCGACCAUUAAUAAUAGAUGUCAGAGAAUUUACUGAUGAUAAAGAUUUGAAAUCAAGUGUCACUCUUGAUUCAUCUUGUGAGGGAGCACUCAACUCUGAAACCCCAACAGCUGUCCUUGACACAGAAGAGAUAGAUUUUGCAUCUGAAUCUGAUUUCAAGCCGAAAUCAAAGAAAGACUCAUCAGCUAAACAACUUGCAAAGAAAGUAUUUACUGUCAUUUCAGAUAUUUUUUCACCUACAGCACCAUCAGACAGUUAUCAGUCAUUGCAGCAAACACAAUGUGAUGAACCUGAAGACUCCACUUACACACGUGAAUCCUCUCCUUCACAUAUCAAGAGUCAACAAAAGAGCUCUUCUGACACUGAGGAACCUGAAGUCUCAGACCCUGAAAGAUUCCUGAUGGAAAAUGAUGAUGUGAUAUCAAGUGUUUCUGUAACAGAGGCGAGUAAUAUUAAAGCUCAGGAAGAUAUCCAUCCAGGACAGACAGAAAUACCAAUACAGCUGAAAAUCACUGAAGUAACAGAGACUGAUAUUAGAGAAGGUGAACAACUGGAACCACAUCAGCCGACUGAAGAAAGCAAAGAAAAUAUCAUAAAAACAGACACAUCAAGUCACUUUGAUGCUCACACUGGAGAUGAUUGUGAUGUGGUGUCUGAAGCUCAUCAGCAUAAUGUCAAAAUAAUGGAGAGACACGAGGAGGAGGUCACCAGUGACAAAAGCACAAAUACACGAGUCACAGAGCUUUCAGGUGAAGCAAACAAAUCAACCCAAAAGCCCACAAAAAUUACAAAGAGCAGAAAGAAGACUAGAAAAUCAUCUGGCAAAGAACAUACAAGCAGUGAAAGAAAGGUAGAGUUAAAGAGUCCUAACUUAACUGACUCACGACGCAUUCAGACCUCUGACAUAAGACUACCAGAUAACACAGAUACAUCACUGGAUGUGUCUUCAGAUUCUAGUCAGUCAAACACUCCAGUGUCAUUGAAUAUAGAUGAUAAACAACCAGAAGAAUUGUUCAUUGUACAGACAGAUACCUUAAAACUCAUACAACCAGAAAAUGUGAAUAAACAGUCAGAGACGGUUACCAUCACUCAAACUACACCCGUCAACACCGAGACAACAGCUGAUCAUCCUUCUGAUGAUGUGACAGCAGUUGAAUCUGUGUAUUUAACUUGUAUAGGAACCUCAAAAUCAAUGCCUACAAAUGCUUCAGAUUUUGUGAGAGCUGAAUCUAAAACACAAAAUCCUCCAAUACUCCCAUCACAGUCAAAACUCAUCAUUCAGUCUGAAACACAGUGGACCACAUUAUCAGACAGCAGUUUAUCUUUGAAAUCAAGUGAAACUCAUGCUUCAUCCUGUUGUGUUCUACUCAACCCUGAAACCCCAACACCAGUCUUUACAACAGAACUAGUCUCAGAUCUUGGCAAACUCAACCAGAAUCUUAGUUUCCCAGACCCUGAAACAAAACUGAAUACUGUUUCAGAUGAUCAGCUUGAUGAGAACAUCAACACUGAUCAUGUUGAACCUGCUCAGGAAGACAUUGGUCGUAAACAUGAUGUCAGUCCUACACCUGAGAAGGACUCGUCGACGGAUCUUGUGUCUGUUUACCCAGAGAAUAAAGAAGCUGCAAGACCUGGAACUACAAAGAAAGUAUUUACUAUUAUUUUGGAUGUUGAUGAGCCUACAUCAGAUCAGUUUCAGUCACUGAACCUGACACAAUUUGAGGAUCCUGAAGAUUCUUCUCAUACAAAUGAACCCUCUCAUUCAGAUAUCAAGAGUCAACACAAGAGUUCUACAGACACCGAGAAGACUGAAGAUCAAAACCUGGAAAGAGAUCUUUCAGACGAGGGUUAUAUCAAAUUAAAAAUCUCUACAUCAGAAAAGGAUAGGUUUGAAUCUCAUGAUGAAAAAGAUACAGUACAGCCUGAAAAGAAACAAACUACACUUAUCCAGAGGAAAACACCUGAUGUCAAGGUGAUAGACAAUAGCAAAGGUGAAAUAGAGGAACCACAUCAGGUGACUGUAGAAGGUCAACAUUCAGUCGUACAAACAUUAACAUCCAACCAACUUGAUGUUCACACUGGAGAGGACAGUGAUUUGGGGUCUUCGCUCGACCAACCGGAUGUCACAAUAGUUGAGACUCAUGAGGAUGAAGUGGCUGGUGACAAAAACAAACAUGCAGAUGGGAAAAAGUUCUCAGAUAAACCCCUACGAAAGCCUCCACAUAUUGCUAAGAGUAAAAAGAAGAACAGAAAAUCACCUGAAACUGAACAGACAAGCAGUGUUGGCAGUAGAGAGCUGAAGAUGAAAGGUUAUAAAUCGAAGUGCGGAACUGACUCAGAAACCCUUCAGACCUCUGAGUUUAAGCCACAGGACACUACAGAAACAUCAGUGACUGUGUCAUUAGAAUCUUAUCAUUCAAACACGGAGACUGUAUAUCCACAUUCAGUGACUGUAAGCAUCUCUCAUGUUGGAGCUGAAGGUACGAAUGUUACAGAUGUCUGUUCUCUGGAUGAUGUGGCCUUAACAGAAGUGAAAUCUGCACAGUCAGUACAAACUAAAGCCUCUACAGUAAUAGCAACUGAUGCAUCACAAAUUCCUACCAGACCAAAUUCUGAUACAAAACUUGAGAGCCAUCCUGAAGCACAGAGAAUAACCCAACCACACCAGGACACAAAUAAACUGCAAUCCAUUUCUGUCUCUGAAGAGAGGGAUAAAACUCUACCUGUUAUAAGAGAUGAUAUCAGAGAAUCUACUGAUGAUACAGAUGUGAAAUCAAGUGUCACUCAUGACUCAUCUUGUGAGGGACCACUCAACUCUGAAACCCCAACAGCUGUUCUCGACAUUGCGUCUGAAUCUGAUUUCAAGCCUAAAUCAGAGAAAGACUCAUCAGCUAAAAAAUUUGCAAAGAAAGUAUUUAAUGUCAUUUCAGAUAUUUUUUCACCUACAGCACCAUCAGACAGUUAUCAGUCAUUGCAGCAAACACAGCGUGAUGAACCUGAAGACUCCACUUACACACGUGAAUCCUCUCCUUCACAUAUCAAGAGUCGACAAAAGAUCUCAUCUGACACUGAGAAAUCUGAAUUCUUGCACCCUGAAAGAGUCCUGAUGGAAAAUUAUGAUGUGAUAUCAAGUGUUUCUUUAACAGAGGCGAGUAAUAUUAAAGCUCACGAAGACAAACAGUUAGGACAGACAGAACCCUUCACCCAGCAGAAAUUCACUGAAGUAACAGAGACUGAUAUUAGAGAAGGUGAACAACUGGAACCACAUCAGCCGACUGAAGAAAGCAAAGAAAAUAUCAUAACAACAGACACAUCAAGUCACUUUGAUGCUCACACUGGAGAUGAUUGUGAUGUGGUGUCUGGAGCUCAUCAGCAUAAUGUCAAAAUAAUGGAGAGACACGAGGAGGAGGUCACCAGUGACAAAAGCACAAAUACACGAGUCACAGAGCUUUCAGGUGAAGCAAACAAAUCAUCCCAAAUGCCGACAAAAAUUACAAAGAGCAGAAAGAAGACUGGAAAGUCAUCUGGCAGAGAACAUACAAGCAGUGAUAGAAAGGUAGAGUUAAAGAGUCCUAACUUAACUGACUCACGACGCAUUCAGACCUCUGACAUAAGACUACCAGAUAACACAGAUACAUCACUGGAUGUGUCUUCAGAUUCUAGUCAGUCAAACACUCCAGUGUCAUUGAAUAUAGAUAAACAACCAGAAGAAUUGUUCACCGUUCAGACAGAUACCAUAAAUCUCCUACAAACAGAAAUUAAUUAUGAACAGUCAGAGACCGAUACCAUCACUCAUGCUUCAGCUCUCCUUACGGAUACAGCAGAUGAUCCUUCAGAUGAUGUGGCCUUAACAGCAGUGACAUUUUUGCAAUCAACACAUAAAGAAACCUCAAAAUCAAUGCCAACAAAAGCCUCAGAUUUUGUGAGAGCUGAAUGUACAACACAAAUUCCUCCAACACUCCCAUCAGAGUCAAAACUCAUCGUUCAGUCUGAAACACAGUGGACCACAUUAUCAGACAGCAGUUUAUCUUUGAAAUCAAGUGAAACUCAUGUUUCAUCCUGGUGUGAUCCACUCAACCCUGAAACCCCAACACCAGUCUUUACAACAGAACUAGUCUCAGAUCUUGGCAAACUCAACCAGAAUCUUAGUUUCCCAGACCCUGAAACAAAACUGAAUACUUUUUCAGAUGAUCAGCUUGAUGAGAACAUCAACAUUGAUCAUGUUGAACCUGCUCAGGAAGAUAUAGGUCCUAAACAUGAUGUCAGUCCUAAACCUGAGAAGGAUUUGUUGACGGAUCUUGUGUCUGUUUUCCCAGAGAAUGAAGAAGCUGCAAGACCUGGAACUACAAAGAAAGUAUUUACUAUUAUUUUGGAUGUUGAUGAGCCUACAUCAGAUCAGUUUCAGUCACUGAACCUGACACAAUUUGAGGAUCCUGAAGACUCUUCUCAUACACAUGCACCCUCUCAUUCAGAUAUCAAGAGUCAACACAAGAGUUCUACAGACACCGAGAAGACUGAAGAUCAAAACCUGGAAAGAGAUCUUUCAGACGAGGGUUAUAUCAAAUUAAAAAUCUCUACAUCAGAAAAGGAUAGGUUUGAAUCUCAUGAUGAAAAAGAUACAGAACAGCCUGAAAAGACACAAACUACACUUAUCCAGAGGAAAACACCUGAUGUCAAGGUGAUAGACAAUAGCAAAGGUGAAAUAGAGGAACCACAUCAGGUGACUGUAGAAGGUCAACAUUCAGUCAUACAAACAGUCACAUCCAACCAACUUGAUGUUCACACUGGAGAGGACAGUGAUUUGGGGUCUUUGCUCGACCAACCGGAUGUCACAAUAGUUGAGACUCAUGAGAUGAAGUGGCUGGUGACAAAAACAAACAUGCAGAUGGGAAAAAGUUCUCAGAUAACCCCCUUCGAAAGCCUCCACAUAUUGCUAAGAGUAAAAAGAAGAACCAGUGUUGGCAGUAGAGAGCUGAAGAUGAAAGGUUAUAAAUCUAAGAGCCCAACUGACUCAGAAACCCUUCAGACCUCUGAGUUAAAGCCACAGGACACUACAGGAACAUCAGUGACUGUGUCAUUAGAAUCUUAUCAUUCAAACACUGAGUCUGUAUUUCCACGUUCAUUGACUGUUAGCUUCUCUCAUGCUGGAGCUGAAGAUACUAAUGUCACAGAUGUCUGUUCUCUGGAUGAUGUGGCCUUAACAGAAGUGAAAUCUGCACAGUCAGUACAAACUAAAGCCUCUACAGUAAUAGCAACUGAUGCAUCACAAAUUCCUACCAGACCAAAUUCUGAUACAAAACUUGAGAGCCAUCCUGAAGCACAGAGAACAACCCAACCACGCCAGGACACAAAUAAACAGCAAUCCAUUUCUGUCUCUGAAGAGAGGGAUAAAACUCUACCUGUUGUAAGAGGUGAUAUCAGAGAAUCUACUGAUGAUACAGAUGUGAAAUCAAGUGUCACUCAUGACUCAUCUUCUGAGGAACCACUCAACUCUGAAACCCCAACAGCUGUUCUCGACAUUGCAUCUGAAUCUGAUUUCAGGCCUAAAUCAGAGAAAGACUCAUCAGCUAAAAAACUUGCAAAGAAAGUAUUUAAUGUAAUUUCAGAUAUUUUUUCACCUACAGCACCAUCAGACAGUUAUCAGUCAUUGCAGCAAACACAACGUGAUGAACCUGAAGAUUCCACUUACACACGUGAAUCCUCUCCUUCACAUAUCAAGAGUCAACAAAAGAGCUCAUCUGACUCUGAGAAAUCUGAAGUCUUGCACCCUGAAAGAGUCCUGAUGGAAAUUGAUGAUGUGAUAUCAAGUGUUUCUGUAACAGAGGCGAGUAGUAUUAAAGCUCAGGAAGAAAAACAGUUAGGACAGACAGAACCCUUCACCCAACAGAAAACCACUGAGGUCACAGAGACUGAUAUUAGAGAAGGUGAACAACUGGAACCACAUCAGCCAACUGUAGAAAGCAAAGAAAAAAUCAUAAAAACAGACACAUCAAGUCACUAUGAUGUUCACACUGGAGAUGACAGUGACGUGGUGUCUGGAGCUCAUCAGCACGAUGUCACAAUAAUGGAGAGACAUGAGGAAGAGGUCACCAGUGACAAAAACAAACAUGCACAAGAGAAAAAGUUAUCAGAUGUAACAAAGAAACCACUAAAGCCUCCAAAUAUUGCUAAGGGUAGAAAGAAGAACAGAAGACCACCUGACACUGAACAGACAAGCAGUGUUAGCAGUAGAAAAUUGAAGACACCUAUUUGUAAACACAAGAGCACAACUGGUUCUGAAAUCCUUCAGGACACUACAGAAACACCACUGACUGUGUCUUCAGAAACUAGUCAGUCAAACAUAGAGACUAUAGAUCAACAUUCAGUAAAUUUUAGCAUCUCUCACACUGGAGCUGAAGGUACUAAUGUCACAGAUGUCUCUAUUCCAGAUGAUGUGGCCUUAACAGAAGUGAAAUCUUCACAGUCAGUACACACUAAAGUCUCUACAGUAAUUGCAACUGAUGGAACACAAAUUCCUUCCACACUGGUUUCAGAACUUGACCGCCAUUAUGAAACACUAAGAACAACCCAACCAUGUCAGGACACGGAUAAUCAGGAAUCUAUAUCUGCCUCGAAAGAUAGGGAUGAAACUGGACCUGUAAUAAGAGAUGAUGUAAUAGAGUCCACUGACGAUACAGAUUUGAAAUCGAGGGUCACUCUUGACUCUUCUUGUGAGGGACCACUCAACUCUGAAACCCCAACAGCUGUCCUUGACAUAGUAAAGGAAGAUUUUGCUUCUGAAUCUGAUUUUAAACAUAAACCUGAGAAACACUCAUCAGCUAAAAAACUUGCAAAGACAGUAUUUACUGUCAUUUCAGAUAUUUUUUCACCUACAGCACCAUCAGAUAGUUAUCAGUCAUUGCAGCAAACACAACGUGAUGAACCUGAAGACUCCUCUUACACAUGUGAAUCCUCUUAUUCACAUAUCAAGAGUCAACACAAGGGCUCAACUGACACUGAGGAACCUGAAGUUUUAACACCCGAAAGACAGGAAGAUAUCCAACCAGGUCAGAGAAAAACACCAAUAAAGCUAAAAACCUUUGACUUUAGAAAAGACAAGAAAGAGGAACCACAGCAGCCAACUGUUAAAGGUAAAGAUACAAUCAUAAAAACACAAACAUUAAGCCACUUUGAUGCUCACACUAGAGAUGAGAGUGAUGUGGUUUCUGGGGUUCACCAGCAUGAUGUCACAAUAAUGGAGAGACAUGAGGAGGAGGUCACCAGUGACAAAACAAGAAAUGAACCAGACACAGAUGUUUCAGGUGAAGCAAACAAAUCAUCCCAAAAGCCCACAAAAAUGGCUAAGAGUAAACAGAAGACUAGAAAAUCAUUUGCCAAAGAACACACAACCAGUGAAAGCAGUAGAAAAUUGAAGACACCUAGCUGUAAACAUGAGAGCACAACUAAUUCAGAUAUUCUUCAGACCUCUGAGAUAAAGCCACAGGACACUACAGGAACAUCACUGACAGUGUCUUCAGAAUCUUGUCAUUCAAACACUGAGACUGUAGAUCAACAUUCAGUGACUUUAAGCAUCUCUCAUCUCUCAAGUACUAAUGUCACAGAUGUCUGUUCUCUGGAUGAUGUGGCCUUAACAGAAGUGAAAUCUGUACAGUCAGUACACACUGAAGCCUUUGCAGUAAUGUCACCGGAUGCUUCUGAUGUUGGGAUAUUUGAGUGUGUAAAACAAAUUCCUUCCACACUGAUUUCAGAGUCAAAACUUGACAUCCAUUCUGAAGCACAGAGAACAACCCAACCACAUCAGAAAACAGAUAAACAACAAUUCAUUUCUGCCUCCGUGGAGAAGGAUGAUACUCAACCUGAAAUAAGAGAUGCUGAAAAUAUAAAGGGAGAUUUUUCAUCAGAAUCUGAUUUCAAACCCGAACCUGACAGACACCUAUCAGCUAAACAACUUGCAAAGACAGCAUGUACUGUCAUUUCAGAUAAUUUUUCACCUACAGCACCAUCAGACAGUUAUCAGUCACUGGAGCAAACACGUGACGAACCUGAAGAUUCCUAUCGCUCACAUGAAUCCUCUCAGUCACUUUUCAAGAGUCAACACAAGAGCUCAACUGACACUGAGAAACCUGAAGUGUUAACACCUGAAAGUGUCCUGUCAGAAGAUGACAAAGUGACACCAAGAGUUUCUGUAUCAGAGGAGGGUAAUAUUAAAGCUCAGGAAGACAAACAGUUAGGACAGACAGAACCUUCCACCCAGCAGAAAUCCACUGAGGUCACAGAGACUGAUAUUAGAGAAGGUAAACAAGAGGGACCACAUCAACCGACUGUAGAAGACCAACAUACAAUCAUGAAAACAACCAUAUUUAGCCACUUUGAUGUUCACACUGGAUAUGACAGUGAUGUGGUGUCUGGAGCUCAUCACCACGAUGUCACAAUAAUGGAAAGACAUGAAGAGGAGGUCACCAGUGACAAAAGCACACCAGACCCCGAGCUCUCAGGUGAAGCAAACAAAUCAUCCCAAAAGCCCACAAAAAUUACUAAAGGUAGAAAGAAGACUAGAAAAUCAUCAGGCAAAGAACACACAAGCAGUGAUAGUAGUAGAGAGCUGAACACUGUUCAUUCCAAACAUACAAACUCAACAGACCCUGAAUGUAUUCAGACCUCUGACAUAAGCCUACCAGACCUCACAGAUACAUCCUUAAAACUCAUACAACCAGAAAAUAAAUCAAUGCCAACAAAAGCCUCAGAUUUUGUGAGAGCUGAAUGUACAACGCAAAUUCCUCCAACACUCCCAUCAGAGUCAAAACUCAUCGUUCAGUCUGAAACACAGUGGACCACAUUAUCAGACAGCAGUUUAUCUUUGCAGGUGCAUUAUGACAGUGCAGAGGAUCGUAAGAGCUUAAAAGUCAUACCCAUUGAGGAAAAAAGAAGAACACAAGAUGAAUCACAUUCACUUGAAUCAACACAAACAGCAGUCACAGAUAUUGAGAACCUCCCAGAAGACCAGGACGCAGAUCAACAUCAGUUUGUAUUUAGACCUGAAGAGAGGGAUGAAACCAGACCUGUAAUGACCGAAGAUGAUAAAGAAUUCACUGAUGAUACAGAAGUGAAAUCAAGUGAAACUCAUGCUUCAUCCUGCCGUGAUCUCUUCAACCCUGAAACCCUAAAACCUGUCUUUACCACAGAACCAGACUCAGAUCUUAACAAACUCGACCUGAAUGUUACUUUCUCAGAUCCUGAAAUAAAACUAAAUGCUGUUUUAGAUGAGCAGUUUGCUGAGAGGAUUCACACAGAUCAUGUUGAACCUGCUCAGGAAGAUUUUGCUCCUAAACUUGAUGAGGACUCGUCGACUGAUUCUGUGCCUGUUUACCCAGAGAAUAAAGAAGCUACAAGAGCUGCAAAGAAAGUAUUUGCUAUAGUUUUGGAUGUUGAUGACCCUACAUCAGAUCCGAAUCAGUCACUGUACCUGACACAAUUUGAAGAUCUUGAAGACUCUUUUCCCACAGAUGAAUCUUCUCAUUCAGAUAUCAAGAGUCAACACAAGAGUUCUUCUAAUACUGAGAGAACUGAAGACCAAAACCUGGAUACAGGCCUCACAGACAAGAGGGAAAUGAAACCAUAUGUGGUGUCAGUACAGCCUGAACAGAAGCAAACUACACUUGACCAGCUGCAAACACUUGAUAUCACAGAGAUUGACAUUAGCAAAGGUGAAAAAGAGGAGUCACGUAAGUUGACUGUAAAAGUUCAACACUCAAUCAUAAAAACAGACACAUCAAACCAAAGUGGAGAAGAUGUGGUGUCUUUGCUUCACCAGCCUGUCACAUUUGACAAAAACAAAAAUGCACAAGACAAAGAGUUUUCAGAUGAAGCAAAGAAACCACUGACUAGACAAACCAAGCCUCCAAAUAUUGCUAAGGAUAAAAAGAAGAGCAGAAAAUCACCUGACACUGAACAGACAAGCAGUGUUAGCAGUAGAGAGCUGAGGAUGAAAAGCCCAACUGACUCAGAAUCCCUUCAGACAUCUGAGAUAAAGCCACAGGACACUACAGAAACAUCACUGACAGUGUCUUCAGAAUCUAGUCUGUCAAACACAGAGACUUUAGAUCAACAUUCAGUGACUGUUAGCUUCUCUCAUGCUGGAGCUGAAGGUACUAAUGUCACAGAUGUCUGUUCUCUGGAUGAUGUGGCCUUAAGAGAAGUUAAAUCUGUACAGUCAGUACACACUAAAGUCUCUACAGUAAUACCAACUGAUGCAUCACAAAUUCCUACCACACAAUGCUCUGUGUCAAAAGUUGACAUCCACCCUGAAGCACAGAGAACAACCCAACCACGCCAGGACACAAAUAAACAGCAAUCCAUUUCUGUCUCUAAAGAGAGGGAUGAUACUGGAACUGAUAUUUUUUCACCUACAGCACCAUCAGACAGUUAUCAGUCAUUGCAGCAAACGAAUUGGGAUGAACCUGAAGAUUCCUCUUACACAUGUGAAUCCUCUCAUUCACAUAUCAAGAGUCAACACAAGAGCUCAACUAACACUGAGAAACCUGAAGUCUCACACCCUGAAAGACCCCUGACAGAAAAUGAAUCUGCAAAUAUUAAUGUUGAAGCUCAAGAGCGCAUUAUACUAGAACAGAGGGAAACACUAAUUUGCCCUAAAACUCUGGAAGUCACGGAGAUUGACAUUAGAGAGGUUAAAAAAGAGGAACCACAACGGCUGGCAAUGACAGGCCAACAUACAAUCUUAAAAAUAGAGACAUCAAGCCACUUGAUUACAGAUGACAGUGAUGUGGUGUCUGGGGUUCAUCAGCAUGAUGUCACAAUAAUGGAGAGACAUGAGGAGGAGGUCACAAGUGACAAAACAACAAAUGCAACAGACACCAAGCUCGCAGGUCAAGUAAACAAAUCACCCCAAAAGCCCAGAAAUAUUACUAAGACCAGAAAGAAGACUAGAAAAUCUGGCAAAGAACAUACAAGCAGUGAUAGUGAGUUACAGACUCCUCAAUCCAAACAUCCAAACACAACAGAUUCAGAAACCUCAAAAUUAAUGCCAACAAAACCCUCAGAUUUUGUAAGAGCUGAAUGUACAACACAAAUUUCUCCAAUACUCCCAUCAGAGUCAAAACUCAUCGUUCAGUCUGAAACACAGUGGACCACAUUAUCAGACAGCAGUUUAUCUUUGCAGGUGGAUACUGGCAGUGGAAAGGAUGACAUGGGUCAUAAAAGUAUAAAACGUAUACCCAUAGAGAAAAAAAGACGGACACAGGAUGAAUUAGCAUCACUUGAAUCAACAGAAGAAUCAGUCACAGAUGUUGAGAGCAUCCCACCAGAACAUGACACAGAUCCACAGCAGAUUAUAUACAGAUUUGAAGAGAGGGAAGAAACCAGACCUGUAAUGACAGAAGAUAUCAGAGAAUUCACUGAUGAUACAGAAGUGAAAUCAAGUGAAACUCAUGCUUCAUACUGCGUUGAUCCACUCAACCCUGAAACCCCAAAACCUGUCUUUACCAUAAGACUAGACUCGGAUUCUAACAAACUGAAUUUUGAAACAAAAUUAACUACUGUUUCAGAUGAUCAGCUUGAUGAGAACAUCCUCCCCGAAUAUGUUGAAUCUACUAGUGGAGAUUUCGGUCCUAAACUUGAUAUCGGUCCUAAACCUGAGGAAGACUUAUCACCUGAUCCUAUGUCUGUUGCCCUUACCCAGUUGAAAACACCUGAUGUCAUUGAGAUUGACAUUAGAAAAGAUGAAAUAGAGGAACCACGUCAGAAGACUGUAGAAGGUCAACAUUCAAUCCUAAAUACAAACACAUCAAACCAAGUGGAAGUCCAGACUGGAGAAGACAGUGCUUUGGGCUCUGUACUUCUUCAGCCUGACGUCUCAAUAAUUAAGACUCAUGAGAAUGAAGUUGGUGGUGACAUGUACAAACAUGCGCAAGAGAAAAAGUUCUCAGAUGAAGCAAACGAACCGCUACAAAAGCCUCCAAAUAUUGCUAAAGGUAGAAAGAAGAACAGAAAAUCACCUGAAACUGAACAGACAAGCAGUGUUUGCAGUAGAAAAACCAAAAGCCCAACUGACUCAGAAAUCCUUCAGAUCUCUGAGUUAAAGCCACAGGACACUACAGAAGCAUCACUGACUGUGUCUUCAGAAUCUAGUCAGUCAAACAUUUCAAAAGCAGAAUGCAAACAUCCUGGAGGAAUGGACACUGUGCAAAAAUCUUUUAUCAUCUCUGAAUCAUGUUUAAAUUCCUCAGAUGACCAUCCCUCAGAAGUUGUCCAUUCAACGUCAUCAGUACAGUCAACACAUGCAUGGGCUUCACAACCAGUGGCAACAGAUCCGACACCUUGUGUGAGAGUUGAACAAACAGCACAUAGUCCCACAACACUCCCAUCAGAGUCAAAACUCAGCAGUUACAUUGAUCCACAGAGACCUGAAGUGUUGGACAGCAGUCUACUUUUGCAGGUGACCUCUGACAGUGCUGUGGAUGACAUCGACCAUGGGAGCGAAACAGUCGUGCCUAGUGAGGAAAACCGAGGUACACCAGAUAUAACACAGGCAUCUUUCUUAGUACAACAUGAAACCGCAGAUGUGAAGAGCCUCCCACAGGGCGAGGACACAGGGAAACAGCAGUUCAUGUUUGUACCUGAAAAGAGGGAUGAAACUCAACCUGUAAUAAGAGAUGACUUUGAUGAUACAUGUGUGAAAUCAGGUGUCAGUCAUGACUCAUCAAGCGUCGGUUCACUCAACCCUGAAAUCCCCAAACCUGUUCUUACCACUGAACUGAUCUCGGAUCCUACCAAACCCAACCAGAUCUCAUUGACACAGCUAGAUUCUUCAACAUCAGUUGUUCAUGAUGAAACCACAGAGAUGUCGGAGAAUAGGUUGAAAGAUUUAGAACAAUGCGUUGAUGUCGCUACAGAUGAACAACAUGCUGUAACAAGUGAAAACUCUUGUUCAGAUAUCAAGAGUCAUCACAGGAGCUCCUCUGACUCUUGGAAACCUGAGGACCAUGGAUUAGGCCCUAUAGAAAAGGUUGAUGAUAUAUCAGGUGUCUCAGAGAAGGAUAAUGAAGCGGACAUGGAUGUAAUUCCAUAUGUGGAAUCGGUAGACAUACAUAUAGCUACCUCCGAAAGCCUUCAGACAUCUUUGCUGGACGUCACAGAUUCAUCUCUGAAUGUGUCUGUUGACACUAGUCAGCCAGACACUACAGUGUUGUUGAAAACAGAAGGCACAGUAGAGAAACAUUCAAUGGUAGGCCCACAGUCAGAGACUGAGGAUAAACAUAUAAAGACGGUUAGCUUGAUUCUUGCUGGAGCUGUCCACACUGAUGCCAAAGAGGAAUGUCCUCCAGAUGAUGUGAUUGUAACAGCAUUGGAAUCUGUGCAGUCCAUGCCAACAGAUGUUUCAGCUGAGUGUGUCACACAAAUUCCUACAACACUCAAAUCCGAGCCAAAAGUCAAAAUCAUCCACACUGAAGAACAAGGAGCUGAUGAUUCAGGUGGCCGUUUCCAUAUGCAGAAUGAAGAAGAAAUGCACAAAUCUAAUCCGGAUCAAUCUGGGAGGCACAAAUUCUCACGAAAAAUAAGGUCAGAAUCAGAUGGCGAGGAUAAGACGAGGCAGGCAGAGCGCCGUGCAGGGGCACAUGUGUGGGCUGUUUUAAGAGACGCUGUCACUAAUGUUCAGCCACUUGUGGCGACCAGCCAUGCUUCUGAGGAGACCAGGUCAGGUGUGGCUGCCUGCCUUCAGCACUCAUUGCUUACGGAGUCAGAGAUCAGUCUUGCAUGGACUCUCCUGCAGGUUUUCAGAUGCCGGUACAGACCAGCACAACUUAGCAUUUCACAUGCGACCCGCCAGCUGGAAGAAGCUAAGACCUGCAGGCAAUGUGUCCUGGAGCAGGUGGCUAGACUACCUCAUUAUGAAGCUACCAGAGAGCCCUCAACAGAGGCCAAGCCGAGCUUGGAGGGAAUAUGCAAUGCAACACUGAAGAAUGCCUCUACCCUAGUAGAGUAUAAAAAAGCACAGCUUGAGCUGGUUACACAGUACCGCCACCAAACCUGUACUCUUACAGAUACACUGCAAUCCUUGGAAGAAGAAAUCAGCACAAUAACACUAGAUUUUACUGAAAGCAGCGCCCUGCAAGCAGAAAAGCUGAGAGCAUUUUUGAAGAGUAUGCAGAAGAAGAAAGGCAUGCUUGAGCAGCUCCUACAAACAUGCUGCCAGAUCUCAACCCACCUGGGUGAGGCAGAGGGACCCGUGGCCUGCUUUGAACCUGUCAGGACCCUCCAGGAAAGAUGGCAGACUCUGGAAGGCGCUGCUGGAAAGACUCUAUGGCAAGCUAACAUUUGCACUGCAGAAGUUUCUCCACUUUUACAAGAGGUUGGAGAGCUACGAUGUAAACUAGAGAUCCUCGAGAAGUCAGUCUCCCAGUCAGACCCAUCUCAGGGACAGUUAGACUCUCAAAAUGCACUCCAGCAAACUUUAAAAUAUGCAGACAUGGUAGCGUUGAAGGAGCAUUACCUGCACCUCCUUGAAAUUUCACAAGUUCUGUCUUCAAGUCCACUGGGAAGGAAGGAGCUUGGCGAUGUGGAGGAUGCCCUGCAUGGUCUGACUUCUCAACUUGCUUUGACUCAAGAGAAGCUCAGCUCUCACACCUCCAACAGCAGUGAUUGUUCACCCAUCAUAAGGAUAAUAAGAGACUACUAUACAUGGGCCGAAGAAACUGAGUGCAAAAUCAACAGGAGCUGGAGGUUGUCUCUUUAUCCAGAAGAGGCAAGUCACCAGGUCAACCACGUAAAGAAACUGCAGUCGGAAAUAUCUCAGAAGAGCAGUCGGCUGGCUUCUGUUUUGAAAGACCUGAGACAAGAAGUUACAGGACUCAGUGAAACCGAUUCCAUAGCCAUGUCACCCACACUCCGCUAUUUAGAGGAUUCAUAUGCUAAUCUUUCAGAGAAAGUUAACAGUGCUGUUGAAGAAAUGAACAGAAUGUUGCACUACAGAGAACGACUUUGGAAGCAGAUUGUUGACAGCAGCUCUUGGCUAACCUCAGUUUUGGAGAAGGAGUCUGGUAAAUCCAUGGCGUCUGAACUGAAAACGACCAUUCCUGAAUUGAGGGUCAAGCUUCAGAUAGGCACAGAAGCUCUAAAGGAAGCUGAGAGACAAGCGAAUAACCUACAAACAUUGUUAGACGAAACCAAGAGCAUAAAUCAGGAUCUAAGUGUAUCAGAAGCAUUUCAUCUUGUUGACAAGCUUACAGCCCUACAUGAAGAAGUUUCCAAGGUUGUGAAUCGUAAAUGGGCCUCACACUGGGUUCUUGAAGAGCUUCUUCAUGCUCAAGAAUCCUCUGCAGAAGAACAGAACAUCAUUCAGAAGAGUUUGAGACAGAUCAACGCUGACAUCAUGAGGCAAACAUAUCCUGUAACAAGGGAUUCACUUUUGGCUCUUGAGCCUGUCAAGCACAUGGUUAUGGAGCUUCUGUGUAAAGUACAAGAAAUUCGACAUUGUCCAGAACAUCGGAGAAAUGAGUUGCUUCACACGAUAACAGACUUACAGAGCAGAAUACAUCUGCUGGACCAGCAAGCCACAGGGCAGAAGGAGUACCUCAAUUUAAGGCAGCAAAUGGAGAACACCAGAAUGGCGGUGGAGAAGAGUCAGCCACGGAGUGUUGAUACGAGCGUUGACGCUAACGCAAGACUACGUUUCUGUCAGACGGUUCUAGUGGAGCUACCUCUGCUGAAAUUGACAUGUCAAGAGGCCGCUGAUCACCUGGAGGCCAUUGCAAAAGAUCUCUAUCCAUCCCAGCUUACAGCAGAAAGGCAGAGGAUCCGUCGGACAGUUGAGCAGCUGGCUUCAUUGGAGUUCACAGCCAGUAAUGAAGCUAAAACCAUAGGGGGCCGUCUGAUGGAGGGUGUCAGCAGCUCCACAGAACUUGGUGAGCUUAGCGACCUACUCAACAGUGUCAGACAAGAGCUGAAGGAGACCGUUUUGGAGCCGGAUAAUCGGGCUAUUGAUGCAGAGCUGCGAAAGUACUGGACGCUGGUUAGGACUGUGGAAUUUGCACUUCAAAUGUUGACAAGCUGCGAGAGUCAAGGAAAUGCUGAAAACUACAAGACAACCACCAGUCUUGGCCAAACAACUCUUAAAGAUUGCCAUAUGCAUAUAGACAAGCUGAUCCAGGCUGGGGAAGCACUGAAACAUUACCGCUGGGCCAUUCAGAGCACAGUGAGCUUUUGUCAGCAGAUCGAUUACAAUCUCAUGAAGCCCUCUGUCAGCUUCAAAAACUGCCAGGAGGAACAGCGGCAUAUUCAUCAGACUCAUACCAGUUUGAUUGAGGGUUUCCAGGCCCACUUAGCUGAAGUUGGUUCUUGCGUACCCCAGCACUCAUGUCUCUCCAUACCACUAACAGAGCAACUUCAUAUCCAGGUUUUGAGUCACCUUUUAGUCCAAGAUGCCAAAUUAAAAGCCCAGGCUCAUCUUAGGCUCCAGGCCUUACAAAGGUGCAUGAGAGACCAAAGUGUGCACAGUGAUCACCAUGACGAAAUGAAGCAGCUUCUUAAAAACAUCGAUUCUGAAAUCUCAAAAUGUUUAAGCCAAAAACUGACUCAUUUAGAUGCCUGCCAGGACCAGCAGCUGAAAGUAAAGGUGCUCCAGACAGAAAUGAAGAACCUUGCUGAAAGGUUGGAGGAGUUGGGUAAGAGCUGUCCGGGGCGACGCUGCAAUGUGACCACUGAUCUAAUGCUGGGACAUCUGUGGAGGUGUUGGGCUCUAUUGCAGUGCAAAGUGGAAUCACUCAAAGCCAGUGCAUCUCAUAAAGAAGCCGAGUGGAAGGAAUUGGGAACACAUCUAAAUAAAUCCAAGGAGAGUCUUGACAGAGUGCAAAAAGAUCUUUCUGCUUUAUCUGUGGAGACUGGAUCCCUGGUGGAGCUUCAGCGUGUUCUUAACCUCUCAGAGCACCUGCAGGACAGGAUUGAACAGGAGCACCACACCCUGACAUCUCUACAACACCACAUGGCACGAUUGCUUUGGGUCUCAAAUCUGCAGCAGCUGAAAGUGUCUCCUCAAAUCUGUGCGGACUUGCAGUCUGUGCAGGGUCACUGCAGGAGUAUCAGAGAUCAGAGCAGUGAGAUCCGUCGAAAGGUGCUUUUUGAGAUCCAAGAGCUGGGUCAGGUCCAAGAGGAGAUGGGUGUCAUUCAGCAGAAUGUUCUUUCGCUAUUGAAUAUUUUACAGUCAGAGUCGGCUGCUGAACGUUUGCAGGCUGUUAAAGUGGAUCUGGUGACACAGAAAGCGAGAUUGGAGGAUGUCAUGGACAGGGUGCAGAAGAAAUGGAGCUGCGUGCCCACAGAGAUUCAGACUUUACAGGAAGAACUUGCUGUUUUAAUUCAGGAGGCGAAAGAAAAAUUUGGAGUGGUUAUGGAAACUAGUGGUCCUCUUCACAAAAUGGGUGAACGGGUGAUGGAAGUGACUGUCAGGUUGAAUUGCGUGAAGGGCCUGCUGCAGCAAAAAAGCCCAACUUUCUCUGAAGCUGAACGUACCCAAAAGCGAAUAUGGGAUGAGCUGGAUAAGUGGCACACUCGGAUAGCUGAGCUAGAAGCUGAAGUUCAGGAGCUGGCUGAGGAGCAGCCCGAGAGAGCACAUGUCCUUAUGGACCAGCUCACUGAACCACUGCAGCUCUACCAGACCACAGCCAAGCAGGCAGAGCAACGGACAGCCCUCAUCAGUAAAAUCCCUGGCUGUCUACAGGAAUUUGAGUGUUUGCGCAAUAGCUCCACCUGCUGGUUGAGAGAGGCUCAGUCCUGGCUGGUUGCCCCCAGAACUUACACCACCGCAAACUGUCUCCAAGGCCAUGCCAACUCGCUCAAGAUGAUACUGGAUGAAUCAGAUGGAUACAGAGUAUCUCUAGAAGCUUUCCAGGCCGUCCAGCAGGAGAUCAGUCCAGUGUGUGACAACAGCUCUCGAGAAAAGUUUCUCAAGCAGACUAUUCAGAAAAUCACAAACAUGCAGGAAAGCAUUCUGGAGCCUCUGUCCCAACUUCAGCACCUAGCAGCUGAGAUGGAUGCUAUUGAAACAGAAGUAAAGACGAUGGAGGCAAAUUUGAAAAAGAUCAGAGCAAUCCUUUCCACCAAUGACACCGAGAACACAUCUCCAGAGGAGCAUCUGCAGAACAGAGAGAUCAUCCUAGCUAACAUCCAGUCCAUGAAGAGGACAAUUGAUGAGAUUGAGAACUGCAGGGCAAAUCUGGGGCUUCCCGCAGGAGCAGAACAAACUCUCACCGCUUUCCACUGGGCCCGAGAGCUCCUUCAGCCCAUCCAGGAGCUCCAGCAGCUCAGUGAGGAGGAGAGCACAGCGCUCAGGGCCUCUCUUUGUGAACCAGCUGAAAUGAUCCCCACUUCUGAUCAAACCACUGGAUUCACUUUGCCACACCUCUCCACUGGAGAUGCGCAGGUGUCAUCAGACAGCUCUUACAAUGACGAUGAAGACGACGGCAGUCACUCAUCAUCCUCAGGAACACUCACAUGCAGCCUUCCAGAGGACCUAGAUGAGAAACCAACAGAAGAAUGGGAAAAUGAAACAACUGCUGUAGCAAAGCAUGUCACCGAGAAAUCUUUGCCAGAAGAUGUGAUGGUGGAUUUGGCCGCAGCCCAGAAUGCGUCAGUGUUGCAGGAAUCGAACCAAGGGUUUUGUUUACCAGAUCCUCAGCUCUCGGAGAUAUCUGUGACAGAAGACAGAUCAAUUACUGAGCACAUUACCUGUCCUGCUGCACCUACACUCCCACACUUUGAAGUGUUUACAAAUCAAAGUAUUCCAGAACCCAAUGUACCGAAUAAAGAUACAGUUUUAAGUACAGAGGAAGAUGAGAACAAGCAUCUGGUUACCAAGGUAACCACAGCAGUCCCUGCAAAGCCUGGAUCAGACUGGAACAACACCAUGUUAAAAACCAGUGAUACCAGUGAUUUGACCAAAGAGUCUUUAGAUGAGAACAAAGGAUUUACAACCAUAGAAACAGACAAAAGGGAUCAAGUGAACCUGCCUGUCUGUAAGAAAGACUCAAACUCACAGGCAUCUGAUAGAGAAGCAGAAGAAGUUGCUGAUGGUGACCAAAACAAGCCUGGAGACAUUUCAACUGAUCUUAGGACACAGCCGCCAGAUUUCACAUCUUCGUCUAUUGUGCUUGCUUCACAAGAUACAAAAUCGCAGGAAGAAAUGACACUGGAGAUGCAGUGUGAGAUAAAAGAGCAGAAAGAUCUGAUUGAGAUCAUUGCUCAACAGAGCAACAUCCAGCCUCGGCAACACACAUUUGCAACAUCAUUCUGUGAUUUGGCACAGUCUGAAGGAGAGGAAGAUGAAGAGAUUUUAGCCCAAAUUCUCCUCGGAUUAAAGGAAAGACCGCAGACUCCAGACUCAUGCCAGGAUUCAGCAGGGACUAUAGAGAAUCUGUCAGAGAGUGACGUGUUUAAAGCCAGAGAAUCUCAGACCUUAACCAAACUCAUCAAAGGCUCUUCCUGUCUGAAGGGUGACACACAAACCCUGGCACGUUGUCGCCGACAGUCAAUGGGAUGGAGUGAUUCUGAGACGUACAGAUGUUCUGCAGCUCUUCUGAGAGGUUUAAGGGAACUCCAGGAGCUGGGUUUUGAACGGCUGCAGCGCAGUCAGGAUACACACCCAGAUGACUGCAACCAGCUCCACAAUCUGCUCAUAGCUCACAAGAAAUUCUUCAGAGAUUUGCAACAGAGGCUUGUAAUGGUAAAGCUGCUGUCCCAGAGGCUGCCAGAGGGGGCGCUGCAGGGCCAGGCAGACGUGGAACAGUUAAUAUCAGAACUACAGGAGAAAGCACAAAUCCUUGGGGUCCAAAUGCAACACAACGUUGAGGAAUGGUCUCGGUUUGAUGAUGUCACAGAGAAACUGUGUAAGCGCUUCGAUGAGCUGGAGUCCGACAUCUCGAGAGUAGAUUCAGGGUCGGAGGGUGACAUGCAGGUACAGCUGCAGACCUAUGAGGGGUUGCGCAAGGCUCUUGAAGACAUGAGACCUCAGGUGGGAGAGAUUCAUGACAAACUCCGGACCCUACAGAACAAAGGUUGCUGCUGUGAGAGACCAGGCCAAACCUCUCCAAGAUCACUGCUGUUGACACGCUGGCAAAACCUCCAUAAACAACUAGAGCGCAACAUCCAAUCUACAAAAACCAUCAUAAAGAAUUAUGAAAGCUUUCAGCGAGACUCCGCUGAACUAGAAGCGUGGAUGAGUCGUACAAAUGAACAGGUUCAAAAGUGGAACAGCGUCUCUGAUUCUGACCUUCAGGACUCCAGAGUCAUCCUCAGCCAUAUCACGGAGUUCUUUAGAGAGCUGAACAUCAGAUCUGCGCAGAAAGAUUCUGCGGUGUGCGCCGGUACACGUAUAUCGCAGCUGACAGACAGCGAGGCUGCAGAACUGCGCAGACGUCUGGUUCAGCUUGAGCAGGAAUGGAUACAUCUUGCUAACGUCCUGCCUACCCUUCACCAGAAACGACAACAGCUGCUGGCGAUUCAGUCUCAGAGUCAGAUCUUGGAUGAGUUGAACUGCUGUUUAGAGCAUGUUGAGAGUCGACUGGAACAAGAAGGAUCUGGAGUCCAUCUUUUCUUGGAUUCCACCGAUCUGUCUAGACAUCUAGAUGCUUUGAAGGAUGUCAAGGCUGAGGUAUCCUGCCAUCAAUCCUGUCUCGACUUCCUGAACCAGUCUGUAUAUGAACACACCGAUCGAUACGAUUGCAUCCUUUUUGCUGAGCGACUGGGAGCUCUGAAUAUGAGAUGGCUUAUACUACAGAGCAAAAUUGACAGCGAGAUACAUGAUACAGAGGACAAAUGGCAGGUUUGUGCAAAGAGAGAGAAGCAAUUGCUUCGUAUUCGCAACUCCAUCUCUCAGUGUUUGGAAUUGGUCAGAAACCGCAAGACGCCAAACAGCCGUUCACAAGUUGACCAGGCACUACAAGAGUGUAAGGAGACGGAGGAAAAGCUGAGUGUCAGUUCCUCUGAGCUACUCGGUCUCGGAGCUCUCCACGUGUUUGGAGAGCAGGAUGGCCGACACCCUGGAGAUGAAGCAUUCUCCAUUGAGGUGAAUUCAGCCGUCCAGGACCGCCAAGCUUUAAACGAACAGAUAAACGCUCUCAGGGCCGACCUGCAGCCAUUCAGGGAUGAGUGGGUUCACUUUGAAUCUGAAAUGAAUGCAGUGGGCAUGCAGACCGCCGGGUUGAUCUACAGACUGGAGCUCUGCAGGGUUCCUGUGUUCUCAUCUGAGCAGAGCAGAGCUCACAUGCAACAUUUACAAGAGAUUGAAAAGGAGUUGGAGAGAUCAGAGACAUGGACUUGCUUAAAUGAAGAUAUCUGUAACUUAAGAGACAAACUUCACCCCUGUACAGCCACACUGCUGUCUGAUCGACUAGAGAUGGAGAAAACACGGCGUCUAGCAGUCAUUGAGGACUUGCGUGCAGAUUUACUGAAAUCCCAGGAUGCACUGCAGCUCUGGAUGGAAUAUGAACAUCUAAUAGGGGAAAGCGACGCUCUUCUGAAUCAACACUGGGAGAAACUUGAAGAACUUCUGAGUUCUCCCACCGGAGUAGAGAACACAGCAGAACAUCUCAGUAGCAGGAUACAGAGCAUUCAUGUCAUGGAGAAAACCAUGACGGCUUUGCAGAGCCGUGUUGAAAAAGUGCUGGAGACUGCAAAGUUUCUCAUUGGCCACGUAAAGCCCCAAUCUGCUUUGCUAAUCCAAUCACAAACCAGACUGCUGUCACGUGACCAGGUCCAGUUUGCCAAGACACUUGCUGAGAUUGGAGCACAAGCUCAGGAGGAGCUGGAGGAACAUCACAGCUUUAUCACUGAGCUGGAUUCAUUAGAGCAACAACUCAACAUGUUUGGAAGUGUUACAGGCUCCUCAGAUGUGAGCAUAGACAGACUUAAGAUGGUUCUGUUAGAUGUGAGUGGGCUGAACCCUGACCUUUGUGUUCUGAAUCAGAAGAACCGGUUCACCCUCAGCCCCAUAGAGAUCGAGAGGCUGCAGACCCUUAACACACAGUGGGUUCAGGUCUUCUGGAAGGCCAUGGACAUGCACAGGAAACUGUAUGGAGAGCAUCUAUGUGAUCAGAACUUUCAAGAGAAGUGCGAGUGCUGGAUGCAACUCCUGGACAAAAUUGAGGCUGGUUUGUCCUGUCAUGUUUCUGGAAACCGUUCUGUCAUAAGAGAGCAGCAAGCUGUGCAUCAGAGGUUGAAAGUGGAGAUGUUGACCAGUCAGCAGUCAUGUGAUGCUAUGGUCAGUGAAGCUCUGCAACUCUUGGAGAGCGCACAGGUUGAUGACAGGAGUCAUAUGAUCCGAAUCCUCAGCAGACUGAAGGGCCGCUGGCAGGGGACACAGAAAAGGGUCCAGCAACAUGAGAAAUAUCUGGAGCGACUGAUGAUGGAGUGGCAGUUUUAUGAUGAAGGCCUGAGGAAACUUUUAAGCUUUCUCAAACAAUCUGAAGAACAACUGCCCCCAACAGGACUGGUGCCCUGCACCUUACAUAAGCUUCAAGACACCAUCAAGGACUUUGAGCGGACAGAGGAGCGACUACAUCUUCAUGAAAAACUUUAUAACCAGACUGUGGAGGCAGGGAGGCAGAUUUAUGCACUGGCAGAUGUGCAGACGCAAGCCUGCCUGCAGACUGAACUUGAUGCCCUCAAAGACACGUGGGAGAGAUGCUGUGGCCUUGUGAAGGAAAGGAAGGCUCUCGCAAACGCCGUAACUCAAAACUGGAGGCAAUGUGAAAUUGGACUGGCCAACAGUGCUCUCAAACUGGAGGAGAUCAAAGCAACAUUGAAAAGUCCACUGCCAGAAAACCUAGAAGAAUUAAAGAUGCUCGAGCUUAUACAGAAGGACGAGGACACGCUGGAGAUCUGGGCUGGAGGAUUGAAAGAGCUGAGCAACAUGAAGGCAGACGUGUCACAGUACGUGCUGCCUGCAGACGUAGCGCUGCUUCAGGGACAGGUGGAUGAACUUCACAUCCAAUGGGAGGAACUGUGCCUAAAGGUGUCACUUCGCAAACAGGAAAUAGCAGACCGUCUGAACGCUUGGAUUAUAUUCAAUGAAAAGAACAAGGAGCUCUGUGAUUGGCUCGCGCAGAUGGAGAAGAAGGUGGCACACAGGGGCGAUAACCUUAGUAUUGAGGGAAUGGUGCAGAAACUUAAAAAGGACUGCAUGGAGGAGAUUAACCUCUUCAGCGAGAACAAGAGCCACCUCAAGCAGCUGGGAGAGCAGCUCCUAUUGGCCAGCGACAAGACUAAAGAGGCGGAGAUUCACGGGGCCUUAAGGGAUGUCAACGACCGCUGGCAGCACCUGUUCGACCACAUUGAGGCCAGGGUGAAAAAGUUGACAGAGACCCUUGUGACAGUACAGCAGUUGGAUAAGAACAUGAACAACCUUCGUUCUUGGCUCACCCGCAUUGAGACGGACCUGGCCAAACCCAUUCACUACAAUGUCUGCCAUAGAGAUGAGAUCCAGAAGAGACUAACGGAGCAGCAGGACUUGCAGCGUGACAUUGAGCAGCACACAGAGCGGGUAGCAUCUGUGCUCACGAUGUGUGAUGUGCUCCUUCAAGAUGAAGAUGCCUGCAGCAGUGAUGGAGAGAAUGACUCCAUCCGGCAGACCACACACAGUCUGGACCAGCGCUGGAGAAACAUCUGCUCCAUUUCCCUGGAGAGAAAGAUGAGGAUUGAGGAGACGUGGAGGUUGUGGUGUACGUUUCAGGACGAUAACUCUUCUUUCGAGGCCUGGCUCAAUGCAGCCGAGAAAACUGCUGCCCAACCCAAUUCAUCUGAUGUCCCGUACGCCGAGGCCAAAGAGGAGCUUAAGAAAUAUGAGGGUUUCCAAAAGCAUGUUCAUGAUGGUCUGACGCAGCUAGGGAUUAUUAAUAAGCAGUACAGGCGACUGGCCAGAGAGAACCGUACUGAUACGGGACUCAGGGUUAUGGUACAUCAGGGGAAUGAACGCUGGGACGCGCUGCAGAGAAAAACGGCCGCCAUACUGCGCAGACUCAGACACUUCACAAGCCAGAGACAAGAGUUUGAGGGAACCCGCAAGGUUCUCCACGCUUGGCUCACUGACGUAGACCUUCAGAUGAACAAUGUGGAGAACUUGUCUGAGCGGGACCUUCAAGAGAAGAUGAAACGGCUGAAGAGUUUCAAGAAGGAGAUCCGUCUGAACACCAACAGAAUCGAUUCUUUGAUAGUGUCUGGCGAGAGUCUGAUUCAGAGGAGCUGUCCUCAAGAUGCUGUUGAGAUUGAAGAUGAGUUGGAGGAGCUACACAUGUACUGUCAGGAAGUGUUCGGCAAAGUCGCCCGAUUCCAUCAGCGCCUCACCAGCCUCCCACCGGUAUUGCAGGAACCAGAGGUCCUAGACACCAGGAGCACCAGCCAUGACACAGCAUCCACCAGCCAACCGUCCAUGUGCCUGUUGGCUCCACCUCAGGAGCUCUCUGGUCGUGAAACCCCUGUCAGUGCAGACUCUAUCCCGCUGGAAUGGGAUCACACCGGGGAUGUUGGUGGCUCUUCUUCACAUGAUGAGGAUGAGGACGCUGACUUCUUCUCUGCCUUGUCAGGACAAAACUGGAACUUUCCAAACUUGUCUGACAGGAAGUCCUUCCACAUGGAGACCUCCUCACCUUCACACACCAGCACACAUAAACAAGACUAUGUCCAGCUGAUGUCUGAGUGCAGCGGGAGUAUUAAGAGCGUGAAGAGGGUGUCUAUGAUCCUGGAUGAUGAGGAGCACCAGGAAGAACACGGCCUCACUGAUCUCACCACUGCAGAAAAGCAGUCAGGAGUGAUAGAGCGUUGGGAGCUGCUACAAGCACAAGCAGUGAGCAAAGAGCAGUGCAGCACCCGAGACCCACAGCAGCUGACCUCUGACCUGCAUGACAUCACUUCCUGGCUGGAGCGUGUCAGCCCUGAGCUGGAGAGACUCCAGAAGCCUGAGGUAUCUGCCACUGUAGAGAUGUUAGAAGCACGAGUCAAAGAGCUCAAAGAAAUGCAGAAGACAUUCGCACGUUAUAAGACCAUGAUGCUGUCUCUGAACCUGGGUGGACGAGAACGGCAGCAGGGGCCGAGUGAUGGAGCACAAAAGCUUCAGGAGGGUCUGCGCAGCAUGAACCACCGCUGGACAGAGGCUUGUGCCGGUCUUGAGGGAUGGGAGGGCAGUCUACGUGACACCUUAAUGCGCUGUCAGGAGUUUCAUGAGACGGUGCACUCGCUGCUGUUGUGGCUGGCCCACGCUGAGAGCAGACGUUACACUGUAAACAUGGAAGACACCUCUGUGAAGCUCUCUGAGCUUCAGGAACACAGGAACACUUUAAAGGUUCUGGCAGAGGAGCUGGAGGGCAAGCAGAAGCAGGUGAGCUCUCUGCAGGAGAUCACCUCUAAACUGCUCCCAGACACCGGCGGUGAAGAAAGCGCUGAAGCCCGAGAAAAACUUCACGUCAUAGGAAACAAACUCCGACUCCUGUCACGCCAGGUCAACCUGGAUCUCCAGACUGUUCGGGAGAGAUUGGAGUCCAAGACUGAUGCUACUGGAGAUGCAACAUCCUCAGGACACUCUAGAUCAGCGUCGCGUGAACAAUCACCCCGGCGUUCGUUCUUCUAUCGGGUCCUGCGAGCCGCUUUUCCUCUGCAUAUCCUCUUCCUCCUGCUGCUGGUUGUGGCCUGCAUGGUCCCUCUUCCAGAGGAUGACAACAGCUGUACGCUUUCCAACAAUUUCGCCCGCUCUUUCCAUCCCAUGUUACGCUACACCAACGGCCCUCCACCGACAUGAGCUGCCCGACUCCAAAGAGAUCAAUCAUCAGUCCUGUUCUCAUGAGUCAGCGUGUGGUGGAGUACCACAAUAUUUGUAAUGAUUCUAUUUUUGUAAUUGAUUUUAUACUAUUUAUUCCCCUUUCAAAGCCAGACUACUGAGACUCAUUUCUGGUAGCUUGGAUGUGAUCCAAACUCUCUCUGUUCCUUUGCUUUUGUCAGAGACACUGAAAGAUGUCAAUUAUUAUAAGAGUUUAAAUAUUUAACUGAUUUAUGAAUUUGGGUAUUUUGGGAAUUUUCUUUCUUUUGGCUCAUCUGGGUUUCAAGGUGUAAAAUGUAAAAAUAACUGGAAAAUAUGGACAUCCAUACCACUUUGUCAACCCAACCGCAUUUAAUGGCGACAUAAUUGAUGCCUGCUAUUUAGGUAUCGUCUCAUUUUUUAAUUCUUGCAUACGAUCGGAUUUAGCUUGCCUACAUUUAUUUCCAUGUUUGCAUUCCAAUUAAAAUUCUUUUUUUUUUUUUUAAAUAAUGUCAGAAACACACAAGAAAUGUUAAUUUACCCUUGCGAUUUAUAAGCAUAUAAGUGUAAAUAUAAGUGCAAAGUAAAACAGACGUGUGUACAGAAAAUGAAUUUAAAACUUUGUCACCAAUCAAGAUUUAUAUUCCUUGUUUGAAAAUAAACAUUGUAUCAUUAAAAAAUA